CAAAAGUAAUUUUAUAUAUUUUGAUACUGUCGCCAUCUAGUAAUGCACAUCAUAACAUGAGCUAAUCAGUCUAUAAGAGUUUUCUAAGCUAGAGACAUCUUUUUCUCAAGCGUUAUUAUCGUAUUACGAUUGAUGAUAAUUUUAUAUUAUUUUAAUCACAUUUAUAAUAUGCGGUUUUUCAUAUUCUAAAGCACUUUUAUGAUAAAUCAGUAUUAAUAAAUUAAUAUUUAAAGAUUCUAUAUGGUUAGUAAAACAAAUAUAAAUAUCGUUACUUUUAUGUGUAAAGUGAUUGUUGAACGAACUUGCGCAUAAAGGAUAGUAUGCGUGUAAUAUGUACACGUAUUAAAGUGUAAGAAUAAGAGUGUAAACAACAAUCAUUAUAAUUUGACUUAUGGUCAUGUGAAAUUCUUCUUUGGUUCUAUAAAAUUGUUAACUCUAUUAUUUGUACACGUAACGAUAAAAAAUAUGGCGACGAUGGAUGAAACAAAACUAGAUAUGUACGAUGAUGCAACAUAUAAUGUGGACCCUCAAAAUGUUGAAGGAGAGAUGACAGUAGGACCCAAACAAAAAUCAAAUCUAGGUGAACCAGAAUUUAAUACAUUAGACGAACCGAUAAGGGAUACAAUUCUUAGAGAUGUUAGAGCUGUAGGCAAGAAAUUCUAUCACGUUUUAUAUCCUAGGGAGAAGAAAAGUUUACUGAAAGAAUGGGACCUUUGGGGACCGUUAGUGUUAUGUACAUUUAUGGCAAUGAUAUUACAAGGAUCAUCUGAUACAACUGAUAAUUCUAAUGAUGGUGGACCUGAAUUUGCAGAGGUAUUUGUUAUAGUAUGGAUUGGAUCCAUGGUUGUCACAUUGAAUUCUAAACUUUUAGGUGGUAACAUAUCAUUUUUCCAAAGUGUCUGUGUCUUAGGAUAUUGUUUAUUGCCAACUGCCAUUGCAUUAAUUCUAUGCAGAAUUAUAUUAAUGGUAGAACAAAGUACUUUCUUAUUCAUACUCAGAUUUAUUAUUACUAUGAUUGGGUUUAUAUGGGCUACAUAUGCAUCUAUGGCAUUCCUUGGAGAUAGUCAGCCUGUUGGGAGGAAACCUUUAGCUGUUUAUCCUAUUUUUCUAUUUUACUUUGUUAUUUCAUGGUUAGUAAUAUCACAUACGACAUAAAAUCAAAUAUAGUAAUUAAUAAUA